GGAGGGAAUGCGGCUGAGGCCCUUCCUGCCUGCCGGGGGAGGAGGCUCGUGAGUGGUCGGUCGGCGCUCACAGGGCUGUCGGCAGGUCACACUCAUCUUUCGGGCGAGUCGCUGGCCCUCUGGCCGUGGUUGAGGUAGGAGCGAGCAUGUCUUUUCGAGGCGGAGGUCGCGGAGGAUUUAAUCGAGGUGGCGGCUUCGGUCGCGGCGGCAGCAGCAACAGCCACUUCCGAGGUGGAGGCGGCGGCAAUUUCAGAGGCGGCGGCGGCAGAGGAGGAUUCGGACGAGGGGGCGGCCGCGGAGGCUUUAACAAAGGCCAAGAUCAAGGACCUCCAGAACAAGUAGUUUUAUUAGGAGAGUUCCUGCAUCCUUGUGAAGAUGACAUAGUGUGUAAAUGUACCACAGAUGAAAAUAAAGUACCUUAUUUCAAUGCUCCAGUUUAUUUAGAAAACAAAGAACAAAUUGGAAAAGUGGAUGAAAUAUUUGGACAGCUUAGAGAUUUUUAUUUUUCAGUUAAAUUAUCAGAGAACAUGAAAGCAUCUUCCUUUAAAAAACUACAGAAGUUUUAUAUAGACCCAUAUAAGCUGCUGCCGUUGCAGAGGUUUCUACCUCGACCUCCUGGUGAAAAGGGACCUCCAAGAGGCGGUGGCAGGGGAGGUCAAGGAGGAGGAAGAGGCAGAGGUGGCAGAGGUGGUAGAGGUGGUGGUUUUAGAGGUGGAAGAGGAGGUGGAGGUUUCAGAGGAGGAAGAGGGGGUGGUGGUUUCAGAGGAAGAGGACAUUAAGUGUAACAGUUGACAGAAACUUUACCAGUUGACUUCUGCAUUAACCUCAUAAUUUACUUCAGUGGAUCAGAAACUUGUUUCUUGAGCAAAUUUUGAAGAACUGGUCAUUUUAGAAAAGUGGAGCUAAAAUGUCAACGUCAUGCAAAAAUGAGUGCGGCAGAACAGGCAACUUUGCUUCAAAAGAGUAUGAAUAAGUGUUUUAACAUUUUGUACAAUGUUCGGAACUUUGGGGGUGUUUAAUAAAGGGACAGCUUUUAUUUGGAGCAUAUUUGAAUUUUGUAAAUAAAGUGUUUUAUUUCUUUAAGUAA